ACUCCUCAUUUCUGCUGCUUGCUCGCUUUGUCCUGUUGCUCAUCCGAACUUAGAAAGUCUUCUCCCGCUUCGAACUCUUUGAAGUAGCCUAUAGUCCACGAAUCUCAAAGAUGGCUGGCAGAGGAACAGUGAAGCCCCAAAGUGGAUUCAAUGCUAACAGCGAUGCUGAGGUUCUCUAUAAGGCCAUGAAAGGACUUGGCACGGAUGAGGAUUCUAUUCUCCAGCUUCUCACCAAACGCAGUAAUGGCCAACGUCAAGAAAUCAAAGCUGCGUACAAAACCCUGCAUGGAAAGGAUUUGGUGAAUGAUUUAAAGUCAGAGCUGGGAGGGAAGUUUGAGGAUCUUAUAGUUGCUCUGAUGACUCCUCCCAUCAUCUAUGAGGUCACAUGUCUGAGAAAUGCCAUCAAGGGAGCAGGCACAGAUGAGAAAGUGCUGAUUGAGAUCUUGGCAUCUCGCUCUCCUAAUGAAGUCAAUGAGAUCAAAAGUUCAUACAAGCGAGAGCAUGAUAAGGACCUGGAGGAGGAUGUGACUGGUGAUACCGGGGGACAUUUCGAAAGAAUGCUUGUUGUUUUGCUACAGGCCAGUAGACAGCAAGGAAUUCAAGAGAGCCUUAUCCAAAGUGAUGCUCAGGCUCUGUUUGCUGCGGGAGAACAGAAGUAUGGAACUGAUGAAGGCCAGUUCAUCACUAUACUGGGAAACCGUAGUAAUGCUCACCUCAGGAGAGUGUUUGAGGAGUAUAGAAAGCUGUCAGGGUUUGAGAUUGAGGAAAGCAUCCAGAGAGAGACCUCAGGAAGCCUCCAAGAAAUACUGCUGGCUGUGGUGAAGUGUGCCCGCAGUGUACCAGGUUAUUUUGCUGACAGCCUUUACGCUGCCAUGAAGGGGGCAGGCACUGACGAUCAGACACUGAUCAGGAUCAUGGUGACACGCAGCGAGGUGGACUUGCUGGACAUUCGUGCUGAAUUCCGCAAGCGUUUUGCAACCUCCCUGCACAAAAUGAUUCAGAGUGACACUUCAGGAGACUACCGUAAAACCCUGCUGCUGCUGUGUGGCGGUGAUGAUGCAUAAACCAUGUCUUCCUCUCUGCCCAGCUCUGAUCCCAGGAUUUCGCUCUCAUCUGUGGGUCAGUGGGAUGAGGAACCAGUCCACCUCUAUACCCGACUGAGUAUAAAUGACAAAAACAUAACAUUUCACAUCAGUAGAAGGAUCUCUUGACUCACUGUGAAGAUGCACUGCAUAGCACAGAUUUACUUAAUUCAAGUAAGCAAUAAGCGAAUUUUGUCUUUCACAUUUCACAUGAUGUGUAAUAGAUUAAGAGUGAAAUCUGUAAACUACACAAGUAACAUUCACUUUAUGCUACAAGUUUGAAAGAUAAUAACUUUUUUUCGGCUUGACCUAUGAAAUCUAUUACUGAAAAAAAAAGAUGAAUUUGGCCUUAUGAAGUUUAUGAACCUCUAUUAACUCAGCGCUUGAUAAAGAAAAGCAAAGACUCCUUGUACUUGAUGAAGCAAUGUUUUAUAUGUAUUCAGCUAUUUUUCACUUAUUUAUUGUUUGUAUGCUCACUAACUGCAAAGCAUAACAAUAUUACAAUCAAAAAUAUAAUUAGCUUCUGUUUAUUUCACUGUAUCUUUAACUGCUUGUAGGUUUUAAUGUGUGUGCUAGUUAAAGGAAUGGUUCACUAUACUUAUAUCAGUGGUUUGGAGAACGAAAUGUCAUUUCAUUGAUUUCCUACUUCAGGUUUAAAACAUGGUGCCAGUCAUUGGCUAUGUAAGCGAUACUCAGUUAAAAGCUGAAUAUAACGGUGCUACUAAAAAAAAAAGGUUUAACAUUUCAUUGAUUUUAUGUUAUCAAUAAACCCUCAUGAAAUAAA